CGAAAACUAAUCAAUUCAUCAACCAACUACCCACCUUCAACUCAACCUCUUCAUCAAAACCGUUAACCUCAUCACCAAAAACCGUUACACACUUCUUGUUUCAAAAACCGCAAUUCUCCCUACACCAUGGGUGGAAAAACCCAAUUCUUCAUCAUUACCACCAUACUCCUCGCCGCCAUAGCCACCGGCUUCCUACCCAUCAUCAUCAACUACCACCGCCACCACCACCACCCACCACCACCACUUGACCUCCCGUCAAACGCCGCCCAAUUCCUCCGAUCCAACGGCUUCACCUUCCUCGCCAACCUCAUCCACAUCUCCCCUAACCUCUUCCUCUCCACACCUGAAUCCACCAUCUUCGCCAUCCCCGAUUCCGCCAUCUCAAACCUCUCAAUCCCACCAUACAUGACCAUCGAACUCAUCACUUACCACAUCUCACCCAACAAGUUCACCCUUCAAGACCUCUUUCAAAAACCCUUGAACACAUGUUUCUCUACAUUGUUCCAACAACAGAAGAUCUCCAUCACUAAAAAAGACGAAAAAAACCGCCUUCUUGAAAUCAAUAAUGUCUUAAUCACCAUACCCGAUAUGUUUGUCGACCAAUCGGUCGCCAUUCAUGGCGUUAGCGGCCCGUUCGCUUCGUUUAAACGUUUCCCAGAAAUCAAUGAGUUACCCAUAUGCACUAUGAUCAAUCAAAGUCAAGUAACUAAAGUGGAUUUCAUAAAGAUCAAGGCUGAAUGGAAAAUGGUGGUGAAAUUCUUGAGUUUGAAUGGGUUCACACCCUUUGCAUUUUGGUUGUACAAUGUGCUUGAUGGGAUUGUUAAAGAUCACCCUGAUUUGCAUUCGAUGACGAUAUUUGCGCCUCCGGUUAUUGAAGUGAUGGAGGUACCGGCACCUAUGGUGCCUAAGUUCAUGAGGGCUCAUGUUGUGCCAAAGAAGUAUUCUUUUAAACAUUUGGUGUCUAUGUCUCGAGGGGCGUCUAUCGCGACAUUGUGUCCUGGUAGAGAGAUUGAGAUUACUGGAACUGUUGUUAGUGUUUCGGAUGAGUUGCUUUCGAUCAACCGAGUAGAGGUAACGUCGCCAGAUUUGUUGUCGUCGAGGAGUUUCGUUGUUCAUGGGAUAGCUCGAGCGUUUGCCAUGGAUGGGGAUGCUAGAUUGUCUACAUAAAUGUUAGUGUUUGUAUAGUUUCUUAGAAGUUUUUGGAAGUGUUUUCUUUGAAUCUUGAUUUCCUAUGUUCGUUCUCUUUUCAAUUUGUGACAAUAUCCUAACUAGUUCUAUACCCGUCCGGUAGACGGGUACUUUAACGUAGUAAUAUAGCAAAACCGACUUCCUCGAGUUA